UCAGGGCGCCGUUAGGGGGUGCUAUGUGAAGGGCGGCCCCGCUCGCUCGGUUCUCCGCUUGGGCUGAUCCCCGGCAGGCUCCCCUCGGGAGGGGAAGGGAGUUUUGGCCGCCAUGGAUCGGUUCUGCUGGAGCAGCGAGCUGCUGGAGCUGGGGGAGACGCUGGUGGUGCAGCAGCGCGGCGUGCGCCUCUACGACGGGGAGGAGAAGGUGAAAUUUGAGAGUGGAGUAUUACUGCUUAGUACACACAGACUGCUUUGGAGGGAUCAGAAGAACCAUGAAUGCUGCAUUGCUAUACCUCUGUCUCAGGUCGUCUUUAUUGAAGAGCAAGCAGCUGGGAUAGGAAAAAGUGCCAAAAUAGUAGUUCAUCUUCAUCCUGCUUCCUCAAACAAAGAGCCUGGUCCGUUCCAAAGCAGCAAAUAUUCCUACAUCAAACUUUCUUUCAAAGAACAUGGGCAGAUCGAGUUCUAUAGACGAUUCUCAGAAGAAAUCACCCAAAGGAGAUGGGAGAACAUACCUACUGGUCAGACCUUUCAGGUUGCCAAGGGUCCACAGGCAGGAAGAACAAGGGCUAUAGGAAUUGUAGGGAUCGAAAGGAAAUUAGAAGAAAAAAGAAAAGAGACUGACAAAAACAUUUCCGAGGCUUUUGAGGACCUUAGUAAACUAAUGGAGAAGGCUAAGGAAAUGGUGGAGUUAUCCAAGUCAAUAGCUAAUAAGAUUAAAGAAAAGCAAGGUGACAUCACCGAGGAUGAGACCAUUAGGUUCAAAUCAUACCUGCUGAGUAUGGGUAUAGCUAAUCCAGUCACUAGGGAAACGCAUGGAUCUGGUACCCAUUACCACAUGCAACUGGCGAAACAACUAGCUGGAAUGCUGCAGACACCAUUAGAGGAGAGAGGAGGAAUCAUGUCACUCACGGAAGUGUACUGUCUGGUAAAUCGUGCACGAGGAUUAGAGUUGCUCUCACCUGAAGAUUUAGUAAAUGCUUGUAAGAUGCUGGAGUCCCUGAAAUUACCACUAAGGCUUCGGAUAUUUGACAGUGGUGUGAUGGUGCUUGAGCUCCAGUCUCACAACGAAGAGGAAAUGGUAGCUUCUGCUUUAGAGACAGUAUCCGAAAAAGGUUCUCUCACAGCUGAUGAGUUUGCAAAGCUGGUGGGGAUGUCCGUUCUCUUAGCCAAAGAAAGGCUGCUUCUCGCUGAAAAGAUGGGCCAUCUCUGCAGGGAUGAUUCAGUGGAAGGCUUGAGAUUCUACCCAAAUUUAUUUCUAACACAAAGCUAAUGUAGUUUGUGUACAGCUGCUAUGUCUCAGUUGAACAUGAGAGCAGAGGGCAAAACCCUUGCCACAACUGACUUCAAAAAAAUUUUUACUUUUUGUCAACUGCAACAGUGAUGAACAUUGCAAUGCUUUACAGUUCUCAGGUAUUUCAAGUGCUGAACGAAUCAUCUUAUGCGGAACCAAAAGGAAAUAGGAAUCACUAGGUCAGAAACAUUGUAAUUGUCUCAAGCUGGCUAGCUUGUGUUUCAAGUCUUAUUUGAUGUGUUCUGUAACUUCUCAUUUCAAGAAAAAUGAGAUGAGGAUUCCACGCAAGUGAAAGUGGAGAGAAUACCCCUGUAGCCUGCCUUGAGCGUCGGCACCCAGAACAUAGGUUAUUGCCUACUCCGAUUUCAGUUUAUUUAUGUCUAGAGCAGCAAAGCAGACAGAUGCAUCCGUAGUGAUAAGAAUAGUGACUUUGGUGUGCACCGAGGUAUAAGGAACAAAACGGUGUAGCGUAACCCCUGCUCCCUGAAGUGAUGAAGUAUUCUGAGAGGACCUUGGGAUUCUUUACGCUUUGAGAAAAAAAGAACCUGCUGCAGCAGAGAUUAACAGAUGUUAUGUGAAUCUAGAAAACAUUGUGCGUUUUGUCAUGUCUUACUCUAGUAUCUCAGAUAGAAGCAUUGUUAGUGCAGACUUCCUCCCUUCUCUUUCUUUGCCGUCUCCCUUCCUGUCUCAUUGUGCUGCACUUUGGGUGCACUUUCUCUGUCCUCUCUCUAUGUCAUGUCAUGUAGUAGCCUCCUGUCACUUUACCAGACUCAGCUGGUAAAGCUUUAAUGUGCUUGGAUUUGUCUUGUACUUUAAUGAAAGAUCAGGCUUCAUCAGCCUGUUACUGUUUUGGGGAGACGGUUCUUUUUGUUUGUGCCUCGUAUGCCAAAAUUAAUGCCCUUUCAAUACUGAAGGGAAGAGGAAGACUAUCGCCCCAUGUUUAGUAGUCACGAGUUAUCUUUUUGUGUGGUACUCCUCACCCUGUGUUCAGACUGAAUGCAGUUUGAUGGCCUCAGCUUUCAUAACUCCAGUGGAGUUGUUCUAUUACUUGAAAAUCUGUCAUGGUAAUAAUGGUCAGCAGAUGUUUAUGAUCCAUACCAGUUAAAUUUUCAGCUUUUUAAAUGACCAGUUUUACUAAAUGACAAAAUUAAUUAAAAUAUGGUCAAGGACAACAUACAUGCAACAGCAUUGUGGCUGUAAAGCCAAAUCAGCAUUACAAAAAAAGGUGAGAAAGGUGUGUGUUUGUUUAGCGGCCUGAAAAUGUUGUCAGAGCUGUUUGUUACCGUAGCUCAAACAGGGUUAAGAACCUGGGAAUAAUGGGUUCAGCGUGGAGAUCCCUACAGUGCUGAUGCUUUUGAUCUGUCCAAUGUGCAUUUAGAUCUAGAGAAUUGUAUCCUCUUAUUUUUGUCACUAGCAAACUUUUAUGCAGUGCUUUCUUUAGGGUGGUUUUCCUCUGUUUAAUGAAAGUGGCUAGAACUAAUGAAUUCUGCACAGCUGGAAGAACUAUUCCACACCAUUCUUGCUGUGUUAACCAUCUAGUAUCAUCUGUCCAGGAGCCGUAUGGCCCACUGCUUUCCUUCAUCCUCCCCACAACCCACAGAAGAGGUCUACGCGAGGCACUUCAGGCAGCAUCUGUCUAAGAAAGGACUGGAAAUCGAGAAAUGUCGAAGCAAAAAGCUGGUUCAUGAGAGCUGUUUCUCUUGCAUGAUGCCCAAACCUGCCAAGGGGAGAGCAGUGGUUUGUGGGCCUGAGCCUCUCCCCACAAGGGGGCAUGUCUUCUGCCAGCAAGCACAAAGACAGAAAGGAAAUGCCAACUGUAAACUUCCAGACUCUGUUGCUCCAACACAGAGCAUUUCAGUAUCUUAAUUAAGCAAUAACAAUAUGAUGUAUUACGAAUGAUGGUACUUUCUUGAGCGUUUUCUUCCCAAGAUUUUCCUUGAUGUUUUUUUUCUUCCUGUAGGGAAGAAAUCUAGAAGCCAGAUCGUAGAGCUGGUUUAAAAUUUAAAUGUAAAGAGGAAAUGACUGCCAGAAAGUAAUAAAAAAUUAAAAGAUUUUUCU